UCGCCAAACAGUCGCGCAUUAAAACUGAGCAGCUCCCGGAAAUCAGAGGUGUCCUCCCUCAUGAUGCAGGAAUACACCGUAUCGCUCCUCUGGCUUCAGACCACCCGAUUCAAAACUUGAGGUUCAAAAAACAAGCGCAACAUUUAACCUGCUCGCUUCUAACGAUAGGACGAGCUCGUACCGAAAAAGCAGCCGAUCCAUCAAUAUGGGCAACCCCAACGAAGCAGAGGCGGCUACGACAGAGCAAAAUGACACCGCACCACCGCCAUACUCACCAUGCGAGCCGCCAUCACAACCAUUCUCCACCUGUCAACAUGUAUCGCCCGUUGCCCAUUUCUCGAUGAACCAGUCUGUCUCGCCAUAUCACCCGUUCCCCACUGCUUUGAGUGCGUAUUAUCAGUGGAAAAUCACUCGGGUCUUCCACCUGGGCGAUUCGACCAACCACAAGCUUUACACUGCUUCAACACAUGCUGGUAUUUCUUCGAAAGGGCCAAACAUACCCUGCGUUGUCCUCUAUAACGGCCCGAGUGACAAGGACCCCGCGCUGGCCGUCGUCAGUGAGCAAAAGGGCUGGAAUCUCAAAUCACCUAUCAGCGUUAUCACCCUUCCACCAUUAACCCCGUCGUCUGGCCCGGGCCUCAACCUGACCAUCGAUCCCGCUGCGCAAGGGGACACAAGUUCGGUGACAGAGAUUAUGCGCGCCAGUGUCUUGACUGACCGGAAAACUGUUGUGUUUCGCUUCUCGAUUGAGGUUGGCCGUGACGGCUUCCGACGCGAGCGAUUCGAAUGGCGAAAACUGAAGACUGACGACCCAGACUAUGCAAAACGUGCGGUUAAGCUCUUACGUUUUCGCUCCAGUCCCACGUCGGCCUCCUCCAAGGAUGGGUCGGGAGCAGCCAGUUUCGAAGGAAAUGGUAGUGAUGGAUGGGGGGAUGGCUGUGAGGUCGAAGUUGUUGCGGUAUUUGAGUGGAAGCCGGUUUGGUCCAUGAACAAGCCUUUUAACAUUCGCUUCAUGGGGAGUGGAAAGACGGGCGAGUUGGGAGACCGAUGGGCCGUCAUGGCUAUCAUCACGGGAAUGAGGAUCUGGUUCCUUGACAGCCAGAACAGGACCAUUGCUACGAGUAUUGAGUAA